GGUUAAGAUCGUCUCUCUCGGCCCCACCCGGGCAUCCCUCCCUCCUCCUCCACCUCCUCUUCCCUCCCUUCCUCCCUGCUUCCCUCCUCCUCCACCAGCUUCCCCGCUGCCCGCCGCUUCCCGUGACGCCUCGACCGGAAUCACAAUAAACGGACACCGGCCACAUGCGCCCUCACAUCGGGUCUCUGCCCCCUGGAUGCCGGCAGCAGUGGGUUUAUUACUACUCCCUGCAUGGUGUCGAGUGCCACCGCUGAUGAGAAGGAACCUCGGUGCGUUUGUUUCAUCGCUGUGUGCAGUCCGCUCCAGUUGUUUGGAACGGGAGGCUGCAGGAGCGCACGGUCGGACCGGGACAAAAACACCAUGAAGUUGGCGAUGCUGCUUCUCCUGCUCGUGUCGGUGUCCUUUCCGCUGCCCGUGGACUCCAUCGCUGCUCCAAACGAAUUUGUGUCCUUGGCGGAGAUGGAGGAUGCCCUCCUCAAGAACCUUUUCCAAGGCUACCAGCGCUGGGUGAGGCCCAUCCAGCGCGCCAAUGACACCGUUAGAGUGCGCUUCGGACUCAAAAUCUCUCAGCUGGUUGAUGUGGAUGAGAAAAACCAGCUAAUGACAACUAAUGUUUGGCUCCGUCAGGAGUGGAUUGAUUACAAGCUGCGAUGGAAUCCAGAAAAAUAUGGAGGAAUCACAUCCAUCAGAGUUCCCUCAGAAAACAUCUGGCUGCCAGACAUCGUCCUGUAUGAGAAUGCUGACGGGCGGUUUGAAGGCUCUCUGAUGACUAAAGCCAUUGUGAAGUUCAACGGUGCCAUCACCUGGACACCACCUGCCAGUUAUAAGUCUGCCUGCACCAUGGAUGUCACCUUCUUCCCCUUCGACCGCCAGAACUGCACCAUGAAGUUUGGCUCCUGGACGUACGAUGGCAACAUGGUAGACCUGGUUCUGAUGGACAACCAGGUUGAUCGGAAAGACUUCUUCGAUAAUGGGGAGUGGGAGAUCCUCAGUGCCACUGGUGCUAGAGGAAACAGGAAGGACGGCUUGUAUUCUUACCCCUUCAUCACAUAUUCCUUCAUCCUAAAGAGGCUGCCACUGUUCUACACUCUCUUCCUCAUCAUCCCUUGUUUGGGUUUGUCCUUCCUGACUGUCCUGGUGUUUUACCUCCCCUCAGACGAAGGAGAGAAACUGUCACUCUCCACCUCCGUCCUCGUGUCGCUCACUGUGUUCCUCCUGGUCAUAGAGGAAAUCAUUCCCUCGUCCUCCAAGGUGAUCCCGCUCAUCGGAGAGUACCUGCUCUUCAUCAUGAUCUUCGUCACCCUCUCCAUCAUUGUCACUGUUUUUGUCAUCAACGUACACCACCGCUCCUCGGCCACCUACCACCCCAUGUCGCCGUGGGUGCGGAACCUCUUCCUGCAGAAGCUUCCCAGGCUGCUGUGCAUGCGAGGACACACUGACCGCUACCACUACCCAGAGCUGGCUCCGGAAAGCCCUGAGCUGAAGUGUCGAUCUGGAGGUCGGAGAGGAGGCCAGAGGACAAACGGUGGAAUGCACGGACAAACGAAUUCUGACGGGAAGGAGGACGAGGCGUGGGCCACCAUGCUGGAGAAAGCCAUCUAUUCAGUGCGCUACAUCAGCAGACACAUCCGCAAAGAGCACUUCAUCCGCGAGGUGGUACAAGACUGGAAGUUUGUGGCCCAGGUGUUGGACAGGAUCUUCCUGUGGGCUUUCCUCACUGUCUCAGUACUGGGCACCAUCCUCAUCUUCACUCCAGCUCUGCAGAAGUUCAUGAAAAUCCCUCCUCCAACUCCAAGCGAGGAGCCACCUUCAAACUAGGCACAAUAAUCCAGUACUUUCACAGGCAGCUGAGGAGCUGCCUUUAAGUAUCUGUAAAACAUGUUACCACUGAGCAGCAAGAAGCCAUCAAACGUACAUUUUAGAGCAGGACUCUUCUUCUUUUGAUUCACUGAGUAAAAUCUUGUGUAUGUGUCAUUAAGUCUUCAGGCCAGUAUGUGUAUACUUUCGUGCAUAUCAUUACAUGUCAAAUUACUAUGAUAGCAUAACAAUCUGCUUGGAGAUACAUAAGACAGUCUUAAAGUUAGUGCCACCUAUGCUACAUUUUAGUCUGUAAAAUGCCAAAUACAAAAAUAUGUACAUUUUGGAUUCUACAUAAUGAUGUAGACUCCAGUUUCAGUGUCAAAGAUUACACAUGCUUGCCAUUUUAAAAAGGUAUUGAAGUGGAAACCCAACGAAUUCAGCUUACAGCUAAACAAACAAAUAAAUGCACUGAAAAUUUUACUUUUCACUUUAUUCUGGGCUUAGCUGACUUCCUUAUUAUUUCUGUUUGUAAAUGGCAUUACCACUCGUGAUGCAUGCUGGUUUUCUUGAAAUGUGUCAGUUUUCACUUGGCAACAAAACAAGUUUCCACACCACCACAGAACAAUUUAAAAAAAAAAAAAACAACCUUGUAAAAUCUCUGCAGUUUCUUUUAUACAGACACCAUUCAGCCCAACAUUAAAACCUAAUAUUAUGCCUGAUAUUGUGAAAAACCCAUUAAAGCCCCUAAUACAGCUCUGAAUUGUCGGUAUAUGGACACAGGACCUCUGUGGGUGUCCUGCGGUGUUUGGCAGCAGGAUGUUUCAUCAGAUCCUUUGGGUCCUGUGGGUUGUGGAUUGGGACCUUCCUGGAUUGGGUUUGUUCUGGCACUUCCCAUGGAUGCUUGAUUGCGUUGGGAUCUGGGGAGUUUGGAGAGCGAGCCAACUCCUUGGGCUCUGUGUCGUGCUCCUUGAACUGUUCGUGAGCAGUUUUUCCAGUGUGGCAGGGUGCAUUGUCCUGCUGGGGGAAGCUGCUGCCACUGACGAACAGUUUGUUCUGGGUCUAGAACAGUAUUUAAAUAGAUGCAGUGAAACACUGCAUUGUAACAAGAAGAUCAAUGUCAUUCACUUCACCUGGUUUCAACAAUGUGGCUGCUCAGUGUAAUUAUUCUGGCUUUAACUAUUACUUACUGUACCUGAAGCACAAAAUGCCUCUUGCUGUAACUACUUAUUAGUAGUGUACUGCAUGAAAAAUCUCAAGAUACCAACAUUUGAACUACCUUACACAUUUAUUACAGAUGCUGCCACCUUGUACAUGUUUGCAAACUCAUUCAUCAUAGCAGUCUGUCGUAGCGACAAUGACUGUUUCUUUUAGGUCUGAUCAGAUCCCUCCACGCAGCUCUGUCCUUAGCCUUCCACUGCCAGGAACUCCUGUCUAUACCCAGCUUCUUCAAGUUACUCUUUACAAUGUCUUUAAAUCUGGGCCUUGGUCUACCCUGAUUGCGUUUGCCCUCUCAUAACUGAGUAGAGUAACUGCUGAGGGAAACACUAGUGGUCCAUCCUCUCAACAUGUCCAAGCCAUCUCAGGUUCAUCUGUAUUAACAUGUCCUCCACUAAUGGUAGACCAGCUCGGUUCAACACUUCUAUGUUGGUUAUCUUGUCUCUCCAUGAGAUGUUCAUUAUGGCUCAAAGGUGUCUCAUCAUGCAUGUGUGGAGUUUCUUUAUCUGCACUCUGUAGACAGUCUAAGUUUCAGCACCGUACAAUAGAGUAGCCAGUGCUGUCGCUCUGUAACACUUUGCAUUUCACAUGGAUAGACACAUGUCGAUUGUUCCACAGUCUCUCCCUCAAGCUUUCGAACACAGUGCUCGUCUUCCCAUUCUGAGAGAUAUUUUGUCCUCCAGCUUAGCAUUCUCUGAAACAGUACUCCCUAGAUAUUUGAAAGUCUUACACUUGACUAGUAGCUCUGUACCAAUCUCAAGAUACCAACAUUUGAACUACCUUACACAUUUAUUACAGACACUGCCACCUUGGACAUGUUUUCAAAAUCAUUAAAGACAUUAUAUUCAUUAGUGUAACAAAGCAUUAAGUCACUGUUCAGAGCUCAAAGUUGUGCAGCUUUAUCUGAAUAGUUUGCACUGUUUUUCUGUUAAAUACAGUUUCCUGGUCUGCCUCAUUUUCUUCAGACAGAGAAUUCAAUUAAAAUGCAAUGAAUGAAUUAUUUAAGUUACACAUUCCCCCCAAAAUACAGCAUUUGUAUUGUUCAGGUGUUCUUUAUCACACUAAUAAAGGCUGAUUCUCUAUUUGUUAC